GCGCCAUUGCCCACUCGAGACUCCAUAUAAAGACCGAUCAUGUUUCAAGGAUUACUCAAGUAUAAUGAUUGAGGAAGAUUAUUGACUAGACAUCGUAUUUAUUUUGACCCGCAGCGACCCAAGCCAGUCACCGGUGAGGAGGACCCGCGCCGAGUGGCCAGUUGCCCCCGAUAAUAUCCCCCGCCAAACCCGACCUUUUGCCCCACGUCGUCAUCGCUGUCUUUCUUUCUUUCAUUCUCGCUCCUCUUGUCUCACUCACUCUUCUUCUGCUUCUCCCUCUUACACACUCCCUCACUCCCUUCUCCCUUCCAUAAUACCUCUCUUCUUCAGUUGCUCUUCAUCCCCCAUCAACCAUCCCUUUCGUUGUUAUUUUUCCCAAUACCCCUCUCAUCAUCACUAUUCACAAUGGUUGGACUCGGUCCCAAGCGCCCCCCUUCCCGCAAGGGAUCCAUGGCCGAUGUGCCCCAAAACCUCCUGCAGCAGAUCAAGGAGUUUGAGGAUAUGUUUACCGUUGACCGUGCCACACUCAAGAAGGUUGUCGACCACUUUGUGAAGGAAUUGGAGAAGGGUCUUAGUGUCGAGGGUGGUAACAUUCCCAUGAAUGUCACCUGGGUCAUGGGAUUCCCCGAUGGUGAUGAACAGGGAACUUUCCUCGCCUUGGAUAUGGGUGGUACCAACUUGCGUGUCUGUGAAAUCACCUUGACCAAGGAGAAGGGUGGCUUCGACAUCACUCAGUCCAAGUACCGGAUGCCCGAGGAGCUCAGAACCGGCACUGCUGAGGAGCUGUGGGAGUACAUCGCCGACUGUCUGCAGCAGUUCAUUGAAUCUCACCACGAGGGCGAGGAGCUCUCUAAGCUUCCCUUGGGUUUCACCUUCUCCUAUCCCGCCACCCAGGAUUAUAUCGACCACGGUGUCCUGCAGCGUUGGACUAAGGGCUUUGAUAUUGAUGGAGUGGAGGGCCACGACGUCGUUCCUCCUCUGGAGAAGAUUCUAAAGGACAAGGGCCUGCCUAUCAAGGUUGCUGCCUUGAUCAACGAUACUACCGGAACCCUCAUCGCGUCUGCGUACACCGACCCUGCUAUGAAGAUUGGCUGCAUCUUCGGCACUGGUGUUAACGCCGCCUACAUGGAGAAUGCGGGCUCUAUCCCCAAGCUUGGCCACAUGAACCUGCCCGCCGAUAUGCCCGUCGCCAUCAACUGCGAGUAUGGCGCAUUCGACAACGAGCACAUUGUGCUCCCCCUCACCAAGUAUGAUCACAUCAUCGACCGGGACUCUCCCCGUCCCGGCCAGCAGGCUUUCGAGAAGAUGACCGCCGGUCUUUACUUGGGUGAGAUCUUCCGUCUCGCCCUGGUUGACCUGCUGGAGACCCACCCGGGUCUCAUCUUCAACGGCCAAAACACCUCGGAGCUGCGCAAGCCCUACCUCCUGGACUCGUCCUUCUUGGCCGCCAUUGAGGAGGAUCCGUAUGAGAACCUCCAGGAGACGGAGGAGCUCCUGGAGCGCAAGCUCAAGAUCAAGGCGACGCAGCCUGAGCUAGAAAUGAUCCGCCGCCUUGCGGAGCUUAUUGGUACCCGUGCGGCUCGCCUUUCGGCCUGCGGUGUUGCUGCCAUCUGCAAGAAGAAGAACAUCGAGUCGUGCCACGUGGGUGCCGAUGGUUCCGUGUUCACCAAGUACCCCCACUUCAAGGCCCGUGGUGCUCAGGCGCUGCGGGAAAUCCUUGACUGGGCUCCCGAGGAGCAGGACAAGGUCUGCAUCCAGGCUGCCGAGGAUGGUUCUGGUGUAGGUGCCGCCCUCAUUGCUGCCUUGACUCUGAAGCGUGUCAAGGCUGGCAAUGUGGUGGGUAUCCGCGAUGCGAACGACAUGAAGACUCUCCUAUAAACAUGUGAAGCGGGGUAAGAGGUAAUCUUUUUGAGAAUUUCCAGCGUGGUGUUUGAAAGCGGCUGUUUUUUGGGCGGG